UUUACCACGCCAAAUCAGUUGAUAUCGCUCUGCCUCUGUCGCUGUCGCUGUCGCUGUCGCUCAUUUCACUGGUUUGGAUUGCCUCAGAAACAGAAAGUCGAGAAACGGAGAAACAAGGAGCUUCGGAGAUAGACGGAGAUGGAAGAUGUAAUAACAGACAUUCCCCCCCCUUCAAGGUUCUUCAAUGAAGACCUCAACAACUUUGCUCUACCAUCGCCUGCUCUCCCAUCUCCCUUCUUCGUUUUUUCUAAACCUGACUCUAACUUUCCCCUCCGCCCAUCCCUCCUCGUCGUGGCUAUCUCUCCCCCAUCUAUCUAUCUUCUCCACCACUGCAUUCCUUCCAAAACCCUAAUUGGAACCCUAAUUCUCCCUGAGAUCUCCUUUUCUGGCAACCCCAUCGAACCUUCUCACCGUUCCAAAUCUUGUGACAUCUACGCCUCCAUCGACGACCCUGCCAUUCUAUUUAUGUCCGUCCAGCUCCCCGUCGCAGGAGAGAGGGCUUAUGCGGUGGCGAAACUGAUAAUCGAUGAAGGAGAGAUCAGGCCGGAGAGAGUUUUGAUUUUGGAUUCGGUGCAGAGUCGGAAUUUUCGUGGAAAUCUCUCUGCCGACGAGAUGCUUGUGUUUAAGCUCGAGACGUCGUCAACGUCGGGACAACAGAUGGUUUGCGGGGUGGGGUGGUUUCCUUCGGGGAGUAUGGUUGAUGGUCUUGGUGCGGCGCUUUUGACGAGGUGUCAGAUGAGGAGGAUUCAAGGGACGCUUUGUGUUUCCUGGCCGGAAUGUGGGCCUUCGGCAGUGGCGCUGGUUAAAUCUUUGCUUGAUAAUUCUGUGUUGUCUAAGUUGGACGUUAGGGCUUUCGAUGGUGAUUGUGAUGUGGGUUUUGAUCGGAUUAAGGAUUCGGAACUGUAUGCCUGAAUGGUAACUUUGCUUUUCAUGUAUUUAGUGAUCGUGGCUUGCAUUUGCUACAAUAGUAUUUAUCUCUUUUUAAUUAAUUGAAGAAAGAAGUAUUGUCUUAUAUGGA